GCUGGUGAUGUGAGCAGAGCGGCGCUAUCUUACUGGAAUCGCGAUUGUCUGUUUGUUGAUGUAUUCCCCGAUUGAGGUGGCCCCUAUUUACCGGUCUUUUUGCGCCAUAUACAAAGGGACCUGACCCUGUCUCAUUGCGCCGGGUGAUCCGGAGGCCUCCUUUUUGUGCAUAUAUUCGUCGCAUUUGGUUUGUGAUUGGUUUUUUGAGCGCGCGUUGUAUCAGGUCCGAUUCUUUCGAUCAUCCCACGUGCCUGAGGGUCCGUUAUAUCGGUCUGUCUUCGGUAAUGGAGGGCUCGUUUUCCGGCGUGAUGAAUCAACCAGAUCGGGGGGAAUUGGGGGGGAAUCCGAUGGUUGUUCAGCAGUACGCGAGAUAUCCGCCAACGAUGGAGCCCGCGUUGCCCAGUGCCUCGUCCAUUGAUAGCUCUCGCAGUCGAGUGGCUGCCUCCAAAUCACCUUCACUUCAGCAUAAAGAGACCCCGCGCAGUCUACAGACGUCCCCGACAGUCCAGCGAUCAAUGAUUCAUCGACCGCCCUCGGUGCGGUCAGGGCCGUCAAUGUCCCCUCCAGUGUUUGAUUCAAUGCGCCAGAGACAAUCGAGAGAGUCAAUGGACCAAGCAGAGGCCCGGACACUGCCUUCACGAAAUAUUACGGAUCAAAAUAUUGACGAUGCAUAUGUGGCGUUUAUUUUCUACUGCAACCCCAAUGUUCCCAGUUCCGUGGACACGUCUGAGCUACGGAAGACAUUUCGAUCGCCUCCUCGCAGUGAUGGAAAGAGUUUUAGCAUCUUCAGCUUGUGGGAGCUGAUUCAAAAGUUUGAUGCCAAGGAAGUGAAAACGUGGAUCCAAUUGGCCAUUGAGCUGGGGGUUGAGCCUCCGUCUGUUGAGAAGAAGCAGAGCACACAAAAGGUGCAGCAAUAUGCUGUUCGACUUAAGCGCUGGAUGAGAGCAAUGCAUGUUGAUGCUUUUUUCGAGUUUUGUCUUGGCCAUCCUCAUCCAUACUACACACAGCGUCCCGCCGCCAAUGCAUUGGUCAGCGAUAGUCGUGACGGGGUUCCUUUGGAGGAAGAUCUUGCUCUGCGAGCACUUGUCCCACAAUGGAAGCCAAAGCGAGGCAGGAAGAGGGCAGAAGACAAGGAAGACGACGAAAAACCAGCUAAACGGCCUCAGUUGGAUACUUCCGUCGGGAUCUUACAUGGUGGCCCUUUUCAGCCACAUUCUGCUGCCUUUCCCCAGAGUGCAAUUCCUUUUAGCGCUUUUCCAGACGAAGUGGAGACCCACGACCCGUGGAUGACAGCAACGUCUGCAUUCCCGGCAGAUGCACCGCACACUCAACAGGGACAGGAUUUAAGAUGGCGCGCCCUUGAGCGCGAUGCGUCUCCCGCCAAUUACCCGCAAUCAGCCAUUAUUCCUCGAGGGCAUCAUCCCUCAGAUGUCUUCCUCGCUGCUGAGCCACGAUCAGCAAUCACGCCGCCCCCUGGAGACAAGGCACGAUCUCGCAGACGUCAUGGGCCAGCUGUGUCAUCCGCUUGGCCUAGCAGCAACGUUUCGUCCACUGGGAAAGCUCGAGGCCGGCCACCAAACCGUGGGACUGUUUCGGGACCAUUUUCUUCGUUUCCUGUGAAUCCGGCGCGUGAUGAGUCAUCUCAUGGGGAGAAUUCUGCUCGACCGGUCUCUGCAGUGGGAAUGGACCAGAAUUCUUUUGGUCAAUUUCAAUCACCUACUCCUUUCCAGCAGGGUGCUAAACCAGGCAAACUUCAACUACAAGUUCCGCAGAACACAGGCGCACCUGUACGUCUAGCAACGCCGCCUACAGUCAUGGUGAACGGAACCGAUCCGUCAAGGGCCGAGCCGAUGCCUGAUACUUCAGGUGCACGGCCAAUCGAUACUAAACCUGAUAACAUGUAUGAGGAGCUCGUGCGGGUGUUAGCAGAUGAAAUCCGGCGUGCAGACAUGGAAGGCAGACGUCCCCCAUUUAGACCCGAUGAGGCACGCGGUCUAGCAAGGGCUGUUAUCAAGCAAGUCACGUCUUCGUUGCCAAAUCUGUCUCGAGCAAGCUCGACGCGCUUGGUCGCGUUUCACCUUGGAUUCGGGUCACUCGCUGGUUACCAGGGGCCCAUUUCCGGGUCCACGGUGGUGCACGGGCAUUCAUCAGCUAUAAUACUUGGUGCAAACUUACCUCCCGAGUUUAUAUACGGAGUCGAACGCGAAUACACUUAUGGCUCUGGCGUGGUAACAAAAGUCACCUAUCGCGGGCUGCGCAUCGAGCCCGAGGAUAAAAUAGAUACUGCAUCGCGAACUACUGAGGAACCCAAUAACAUCGAUGAACUGGAUGGUCUGAGUGACGCAGAAUUCGAAGUCGACGGUCCCGAGAACGGCGUAUCAGACGCUACGUGGAAACAGCGGUAUAUGCGUCUUCGUGCGCAGAUGCAGAAGAAAGAGAAAUCCUUGUCGCAGUAUAAGCGCAAGAUCAUGGAGUCCGUUAUGGCGGAAAUUUAGCCUUAGUGGUGGAUAUAGUAUUUGCUUGUACAUAUGGGUUGUUUUGUUUAUUGUACAGUUGGCUUUCAGAUACCCCUAUCGCGUUUGGAAUUAGGACAUCAUAAUGGAUACAAUAACCUUCAAACCAAUUCUCAGAACAAAGUACACAACUACUCAGAAUCCUCACUCUCGCCCUUAACCUUCUCAAAAGUCUCCCCCCUCCACAUCUUCAUCUUCAUCCUCCUUCUCCUUAACAGUAUCAAGACCAGCUUUCUUCACCACCUUCUCCGCGCUCUCAACAGCCUUAUCCUUCUUUCCUUUCUUCGACGCCUUGCUCUUGCCGUUGCUCUCGGUAUCGGUCUCGGAGUCUGUGGUUUUGCGUUUGCCGUUCGUCGUCUUCUUGGG